UGAAUGACACGUGGCCAUAAAUCCACCGUCACCCUUCAAAUUCCUGAACUUUUGUUUCUCGCGAGUCUCCUAGUGCAAGAUCCGAAAACUAAUUAACUGCAAAACUCAGCUCACGCUAACAACAUUUACUGUUACACUCAAAUAUGGCUUCAUCUCAGGUUGAGAUGGAGGGAACUGCCGGGAAUGGCAUCCAAUUGAAGCGCCUAGGUUUUGUGAGGACUCUCUCUAUAAACGUCGUCGGUCUCGUCUCAAACAUCUACGACCACGCUAAGCAGAAUUCUGGUUCGUUCAAACCCACCGUCGACAGGGCGGAGAGCGCCGUUGCUGCGGUUGUCACCCCCAUUUGCCACAGAUUCAAACACGUUCCUACUCAUCUCCUCGUUUUCCUUGACAAUAAGGUGGACGAAGCGUCUCACACGUUCGAUGAGCGCGCUCCACCCGUGGCUAAGAAUGUUGCCCUCAAGGUCCACUUAAUAAUGAAGAAGGCGUCCGCCACAGUUGAAGAGCUGGCUGAGGAAGCCAAGGUUGGUGGUCCACUUGCUGCAGUGUCUCGUGCCUCUUCGAUUUCCAAGACCUUUGCCGUCAACCAGCUAGCCGUGGUGUGGUACAAGAUCAACCAGCACCCGACUCUGCACGGAGUGGCUGAGGUCGCCGCUCCAACAGCCACACAUUAUUCGGAGAAGUACAAUAACUUGGUCCAAGGCAUGAGAGGCAAAGGCUAUAUCUUGUUCUGCUAUGCCCCGUUGAUCCCGGUUGAGGAAAUGGCCAAGGCUUAUAAGCGAGUGGAGGCAGACGCGGCUAAGGAGGAGGAGGUUUCCAGCUCAAGUGGUAGUGAAUCAGAUAAGGAAUAGGUCGGAGGUGUUUGUGUAAUGUGGCAUGCUUGCAAAUACUGAUAGGUGCGUGUGAUUGUCCCUCUCUUUGAAUUGUGUAAAUGGCGGUGGUGUGGGCGUGUGAUGGGGGGAUUUCUGCGAGCGUAUGGUGUGUUUCUUGUGUACAUUAUGCGACUCUUGGCAGCAUUUGGUGUUUUAUGUACAUUACACGAAAUACCAGUAUUCAAAUGAUAAAGUUUGGUCAUCAUGCAA